UGACAAAUUAACAGAGAGAAAGCAAACUCACACAUAAUCUUAUAGAAUCAAAGGAAAGAAUAAGUUAUAAAAGAUGGAGAUGAAGAAAUGGAGUAUGAUGAUGAUGAUGAUGAUAGUGAUCGUGGUGGUGAUGGCAUCCACAAGAGAAGGAGAAGCAAUGAGGUUAGGACCGACAUGCAAGCAAUUUUGCAUCGACCAAUGUGGCGGCCGCAUCACCAUCCCUGAAUCCCCUUGUCUCCGUAGAUGUCUACACCAGAAAUGUGGCUCUCCACCUCUUCCUUUGGUGAAGGCUGUAGGAGUGAACAACAUCGGAGGAUAGAUCAUCAUCAUCAAAUGUUCUAAUGUAAUAAGUAUUUUGUUAAUCUUAUGUAAUGAAAACAAUAAUCCACCAAUAUAUUAAGAUUAAUGAAAAGUCACUUUCUUUCUUUUCAUAAGAAA